AUGAGUUUCAAUAAUCCGAUCAUCCCGGGCUUCAACCCGGACCCGUCAAUUAUUCGAGUAGACAAGGACUUCUUCUUGGUUACCUCAAGUUUUGAAUACUUCCCCGGUGCUCCAAUCUAUCAUAGUCGCGACUUGAUUCAGUGGAAGCUCAUUGGCCAUGCGUUGACAAGGCCGAGUCAACUUCAAAUCCACACUCCCGAGCCGGGCGGAGGCGUGUGGGCUACUACUAUCCGCUACCAUGAGGGUGUGUUUUACAUCACUGCGGCCAGUUUUCAACGAUACCGGCCUCAGCAGGAUGAUCGAGUCUGGCCGCAGGGCUUUUAUGUUAAGACGACCAAUAUCUGGGAUGAUAGUACCUGGUCUGAUCCGGUGUAUUUUGAUGAAGUCGGAUUUGAUCAGGAUCUGUUCUGGGAUGAUGACGGAACGGUAUACCUAUCAUCAACCUAUCGCAAGCUCGAGCCCACUCCGGGCACGAAACUAAAGGACUUUGCCAUUCAUAUCUGCACAGUUGAUCUCGAUACGGGACACUCGACAUCAGAACCAAAACUGAUCCGCGCGUCAUCAUCCGGAGUCGCGGAGGGAUCGCAUAUUUACAAGCGCGGUCGGUACUACUAUCUUUUCACGGCGGAGGGUGGCACGGAGAGUGGCCAUUGUGAAUGGGUUAGUCGCAGUGAAGUUGGUCCAAUGGGGCCAUGGGAGCUUGCGCCGAAUAAUCCUCUCUGGCGUAAUGGAGUGGACGAUGAAGUGCAGAAUACUGGUCAUUUGGAUCUAGUUGAAGAUGCGGAUGGGAAUUGGUGGGCGGUUCUUUUGGCGGUUCGGCCAGUGCGAAAGGAAGAUCAGUGGGAGGAGUCUGUUUUUGGGAGAGAGAGUUUCCUUGUCCAUGUGGAGUGGGAGAAUGACUGGCCUGUCGUCAAUGGUGGCAAGAAGAUUUCCCUUCAGUCUAAUGGACCAGGGCUUUACCAGCACGAAAUUCCGGUGUCCUGGAAGGAUGACUUUUCGAGUUCUCAACUUCAGUUGGGCUGGUAUAGGAAAAAUACUCCCUUUACUCUCGACUAUUCUCUUACUGAACGCCCUAACCACCUUCGCCUGUAUGGUGGUCCAUAUACGCUUUCAGUACCUGCCAGCCCGACCAUGUUCCUACGAAAGCAGACUCAUCGAUUCUGUACCUGGGAGACCCAGCUAUCCUUCCAGCCCAUCUCAGAGCACACGGAGGCUGGCACAGUCGUGUGGUGGAAUUAUUUCACCUAUAGCAGUCUCGGAAUUCGCAGACAAGGCGAAAAUCGGAUUAUUCGGUUCCAGCCAUCAGAGGGCGAAAUAGUUGAGAAAAACUUGGAGUUAACUGGAGACAUUGUUCUGGUUAUUGAAUGCGGCAACGAGUACCGAUUUGGGUAUCGCGACCCAUCUAGCUCGGAGAUUAUUUGGAUUGGAAGUGUGGCCAAUCAUGUCGCGACCAAGGCACCGCCGGUAGGCGCACCGUUUACAGGCAUGAUGCUCGGGCUUUAUGCAUUUGGGGACCGACAGCGUUGUAUGACGCCUGCCGACUUUGCAUAUGCAGAAUUUAGAUGA